AUGACAACUCCUCCGACACACUACAGGACAAUUCUUCCUCAUGGCGCGAGCUUUGCAAUCAAGCCUGAACAGUUCGCAUCCGAUAAUUUGGAGCGCAAAUACCGAGUUCAGAAAUCGGUAAUUCGUCAAUCAUCUCUACACUGUUUCUGUCUCUACUGUUAUCAGGGGUUUGCACGCAUGGAGGAUUUAUAUCGCCACGCCUCCGACAGCGGCGAAGGUCAUUCUCAGAUUCUCCGCGAAAACCGGAAUAGGGAACCUCGCGGAUUCUAUAAUUUUUUCCGAGAAGCUCUGAAUCUGACCGAGGCGCAUAUUGAUGACUGGACUAUCUGCCACAUGCGAAUACCCGAUCUCUUUGAUCCCGCAAUCUUGAUGGAGUUACUCAAGACGAAGAAGGGCUACGAAUCUGCCAUCGCCUUACAAGAAGCUGUCAUCAUGGCCACGUCGUUGCGCGCCACAUGUCCAAUAUGUUACCGUAGUUUUAGUCUCCACGCAACGCUGAAAACACACUUCAGAGAUCAUGGAUCGGAAGAACAUACCAAGUUGUUGGCCGAACCAGACGGCAGGUUUGAUACUGGAAGAGUGAUAAUGGAGCUGGUCAAUUCAGCCUGGAACCCAACUGGCAAUAUUUUUCUAAUUGAGCCUCAGAUGAAAACAUCAACCACGAUAUAUAAUGUGAUCACCGGAGAAACACGUGUGAGAACUGUUCGUUGA